AUGAAUUUUGAAAUUCUGUUAAUUUUGAAAUACAAUCUGUUGUCACACGUUGCAGCUCCCCAGAAAUUAUUAAGCAUGGUGAGGGCAGAUAGCAUUAACCUUAAAAGCUCACAGUUUUGCUACAAUCAAGUAGGUGUUUUAGAUGAAUUAAGAUUUCAUUCCCCUUAUCUAGAUCGGGGAUUGGGUAAUUUAGGGUUGGUGGGUUGGAAGCCAGGAGGCGGGAACAGAGGGUGGAAGUGGUAUGGAAGAAGCAAUGAAGAUGCUGGGGGUAAGGGGCUGACUAUUGUAGAUGAAGAGGUGGUGGCUCAAGAGGUUUGUGGGAAUAACACUAAGCAGGGUGAUGGGAAUGAAGUUGGUGAUAACAAGGGCAAAAAGGCUAUGGAGAUAGAAGAGGGGAUUAUGGACAGAACAGACCUGAUGGAGAUAAGACAAAUAGCUGGGGGCAGGUAUGAUCUGAGGAGAAGAACUGGGGCUAUGUGGAAGAGGACAGUUCCAAGUUUGAACCGGCUAAGUAGUGCAACAAAAGUACCCGGGGAAAAGAUUAGGGCUGUACCUCUUAAAAGAAGCAGAGAGUUGGUGAUAUAUGAAGGAGGCCAACAAGCUGAUGAUGCAGGAUCUGAGAAGAGACAGAAGGGGAACUGUGGAGCACAAUUGGUGAGACAAAUUCUGGGGAAUGAGUUCUGCAUUCAAGUGGAAAUAAAAGGUGAAGGGAUCUCUGAUUAG